AUGAUCUCAUUUGGUUCCUUCAUAUUCUCUCAUCCUCUCUACUUCUCAUACUUCAUUUUCUUCUCUCCAUAUCUUCUGAAACUUAUUUCUUUCCUCUCCCCUCUCUUCAUGACAACUUUUCUUCUUUCUCUCUCUCUCCUCACCCUAAUUCCCAGUUUUUACAAAAAUUUUGCUGCUGAAUCUUCUACAGAUGAUGAUGAACAUGAAGAAUUUCACUGCAUGGAGGAUCUUGAAGUGUAUAAAAUCGUGUUUGGGGAGUCCGAAGUCGAUGUGAAAGGAAUCCCAGUUGAAGUCUUGGAGGAAAAAUCGGAAGUGAGGUCUAGCCAUGAAGAUUCCAGCAGCAUCAGUAAAUCCGAGGCUUUCACAGGUAAUUUGGAAGAAAAUUCAGUUCUUAUGGAAAAAUUGGAGGAGAAAAGAUUAGAGGAUUUUCUAAAAGUACUAGAUGAGUUUGAAACCGAGACUUGUAAUGUGAAAGGCAAGAAAGUUGAGCCGACAUCGAGCACGAAAGCCAACGAAUUCGUCGAAAAAGAGAAGGAAAAGUCUUUGACAAGAAACGGAUCCAAGACAAUGGAUAAUGUUACUGAUGACGGAAAAGAGUACAACUCGAAGAUCAAGGCAUGUGGCCUUGAUAUCGACUAUACUGAUAAUGGUGGAGAGUACACUUCGAAAGUCAAAAGUUCCGAUGGUCAAAAUCUCGGGACUUAUGGGUCAAUGAGGAAGGAGAAAGAGUGGAAGAGGACAUUGGCAUGCAAGUUAUUUGAAGAGAGACACAAUGGAGAUGGAGGCGAAGGGAUGGACUCUUUGUGGGAGACCUAUGAAAUGGAUUCAGACAAAUCAAAGCCGAAAAGCGACCCGAAGAAGAAGAUCAAUGACAAGAACAAGAACGAGAACAAGAUCAAGAUCAAGAAUAAGAAAAGUGAAAUCCAAUUGCACGAACCAGACGAGAAUGAUAUCGAUGAUGGGCAAUUGUGUUGCUUACAAGCCCUCAAAUUCUCAGCAGGGAAGAUGAAUUUGGGAAUAGGAAGGCCUAAUGUUGUUAGGAAUAUAUCCAAAGCCAUUAAAGGAAUUGGAUGGUUGCACAAUGUGAGUAGGCAAGGAAAGAAGGUGCAUCAUAAUGGAGGAGAUAGAUACUAA